CAGAUUUGUUGGUGAAAGCAGGUCUCUCCAAGAGAAUCCUGAAAUAUAAAAGGAUCAGCUUUCCCAACUCCAUUUGCUACUCACCACUCUCAUCUUCACCAGCAUCAGCAACAGUAUAACAACUUCUACAACUCCCAGUCCUCAAGACUCAAACCCUUCACCCAAAAUGAACUCUCUCAGCCUCAUCGUCCUCUUCUUCGGCGCCGCCAUGGCCGGUAUUCACCACAACUGUGGCUGCACCGUCCGCGGCUCAUACAGGCAGGAUCUUGCCCAGGCUGCCUGCGCCCUCUGGGGCUCCAACCAGCCCCACACCCACUGGGACGGCUACUCUUGCGUCGACAAGGGCUACGGCCGCGGCAUUGACGGUGCUCCCUGGGAGACUACUUGCAAGCAGGCCUGGGACAUCAACUUUGGCGGCAACAAGGACGAUGCUUGGGAUAUAGGCAUCUAUCACCGACCUCUCGAGUCAACGUCUGAUAGUCUGCUUCAAAUUCGCAAGGAUGGCCUGAGAACUUACAUCACCGAUAUCGAAACUUACUGCUCGGCAAUCGGUGAUACUAUGCAGGAGGCCUUUCAAAUUCCUGACAUGAAUCUUACAGAUGCGGAUCGUGUCCGCCAAGCUCAAGGACUGCAAAAGCGGCUAGAUAAUCGCCUUCGAGCUUGUUCGAACGAUGUUCCUGGAUAUCUUGACCAGAUCAACGACUUCCUCAACGAGCAAGGCUGGAAUGCCUUUACCAACAGGCUGCACAGCAAGCUCUCGAUCAAUCCGAUGAUUUUCUUGGAUAUUGCAUACUCUGGGUGCAAGCUUACUACGUCAACGAAACCCCUUUUCAUUAUAAUCUUCUGUAAUCUCUGA